AUGAUAGGGUCUGGAAACGGCAAUUCACCUGUGUCUGUCUGUAACAUGGACACAAUUGACCAUUUCUGUGGCAAAAAUGACCGUUUUCCUGGCCCAAAUGAUCAUUCUCAAGGCACAAUUAACCAUUUUUCAUGGCACAAACGACCAUUUUUAUCGCUCAAUAUGACCAUUUCUGUAGCAGAAAUGACUAUUUUCGUUGCACAAACAACAAUUUCCAUGGCCCAAAUGACCAUUUCUAUAGCACGAAUGACCACUAUUCUGGGACAAACAACCAUAUUUAGGACAGAAAUGGCCAUAGUUAUGGCACUAAUGACCGGUUGGACAGUACAUAUUCUCGGCGCACCCACAUAA